UGAAAAAUUGAAAAAAUAAAAAGUAAAAACAGAAGAAGAGACUGUGUUGUUAAAAGGCACAUCAAAUCCUUCCUUCAAUCCAUGCUCCGUUUCGUUUCAUUUCAUUUUAUGUCUCGUUUUACACCCAUAGCAGCUACUACUCUAGCCGGGUCCCUUUAAAUCACUUCACCACCACUAUUAAAAAACCAAAAUCUCUUCCCUCUCGAAGUUCCAGAGAUCUUUACUUCAUCUUUUUUCAUUCUCUUCUUCUGUCUUUCUUUUGUCUUCAUGGCUGAGAACCUGGACGACGGUGAGUUUUGGCUCCCACCACAGUUCCUCACAAACGACGAUACGCCUCUGAACAACAUCAACGAUUUCAGUUACAACCACGUCACUUCCUUGCUCAAUCGCCAAAACGACGUCGUUUCGAGGCAGAUGUUAAGUUAUGGGAGCAGUUACCCCUAUUCUCCUGUGGAGUCCAGCGAGACAGAGAGCAGCGACGAGGAAGAACACCACCACCACCAGAUCGCCGAUUUGACUCGCCGAGUUGCACACACCAAACUCGGACUCGACUUCCACCACCAUCACUCCUUACCCUCACAAAUACCCAAGAGUGUCGUUGUGAGCGGUUCGCCACAGUCGACUCUGUGCGGUUGCGGGGGAAGAGGAGGUUCAUCGUCGAGUCCGAACAGCGGGUGUCACGUGACUUCUCAGAGGGCCACGUGGGAUCUCCUGCGUGCUGCUGCAGGGGAAGUCGAGAGGAUGCGCCUCGGCCACCCCCACUUGAACGACAACUUCACCAUAGAACGAUGCCGUUUCGACCAUAACAACAACACAAGCGUUGUCGUUCCGCCAACAAACCCUGGAAUCGUUGCAUUCAACAAUAACAGCCACCACCAUCUCUCGGCCACUCAGCAGAAACUCCAAGUAGCACAGUUUGAGAUGCUGAGGCAACAACAGUUGGCGAAGCAGCAGCAGGGUUCCGUUCCAGUGUGGUGCGGUGCACAGAACAGGGGAAGGAGUGAUGUUGGUUCCGUUGGAGUAAGAAACAUUGGUAGUUUGUGUGAUGCAGCUGCAUGGCCUUCUAUGCAGGCCCAGCAACACGCGAAGCAACAAAAUCAACAGCAAUAUGGGUCUGGAAUGAGAGCGGUUUUUCUUGGGAAUCCUAAGAGAGAAAGUGCUGGAACCGGUGUGUUCUUGCCACGACGUGUUGAUAGAGCAGCUGAAUCAAAGAAGAAGUCAGGUUGUUCAACUGUUUUGGUUCCGGCACGAGUGGUGCAGGCCCUGAAUCUGAAGCUUGAAGACAUGGUGCCGGUACACAAUCACCACCACUCACGUUCCAAUGUGACCUCCAACAUGGAAAAUGCAGCUGGAUCAACUAUUCCAAGGAUUCGGAGUAACUAUAACUAUGGAUUCAGUCACCAGAAGCGUAACAAUCUAAGGCCACAGCCACAAGUGAACCAUGAGAUCCGUUUGCCCCAGGAGUGGACUUACUGAUCAAUAUUUUGUUUUACCCAUAUCCUAUUUAGUGGUGGUUGAUCUUGCUGGGAAAUGGGUUUAUUUUCUCUUCUUUUCUUUAGGGUCGUAAAAGAAAAAAAAUGGGGGGUGGUUAGUUAAUGGUUAGGACUUAGGACUAAUGUUUUUAGUAAAGGGAUAAAAAGGAAUAGUACAAGUGAAACAGUAGUUUUUUGGUUGGUAGGUAAAGGGAUUGGCUCCUGUUGAAAGGCGGUGGGAAAAGAACAUACUAGUGCCUUUAGCCUCUUUUUUUUUUCUUUUUUUUUUUGGAGUAGGAAAAUAAAUUCGGAGCCUCUGGAAAGAAAACCAGCUAUAAAAGUGAUGCAAAGCAAAGAGCUGCAGAAGCAAAUUUGCAGUGAUAUCAUCAACUUCUGUUCUUUUUCAUAUCUUGGGAAAAAGGCAGUGUGUUGGAAAUGGAAGAGUAAAUUUUGCCGCCUGUGUUUUAUUGGGUGGUUUUAGAUAUAAUAAAUAAAUUAGAUGGUAAUUUAGGGAUUAUGCGGAGACCUGAUUUGGGGAAGGAUUAUUUGGAGGAGAAGGAUUAUGGCCUUUCAGCAUGGUUGAAUCGCAAUGUAAUCAACAAAUCAUUUGGGGAAUUAACUUGUUAUUGGAUUAUUGAUUACAAGCCGUGCAUCCAAUUACCAUAAAGUAAUAAAAUUAAUU